AAACAAACACCUCAGAGGAUCUCCCAUAUCUUCCUCCAAGAGGAGGUUCAGAAUCUAUUAGAUUAGUCGGAGCUGUGAAAUUGGUUUUGUAUUUGUAUGCUUUUUUGAAAGUUAAUUUCUCACUUUGUUGAGAGGGUCUAAUUCCAUGAAAGUGAAGCCAUGAUUCAUGGAGAGGAGAAUUCGUCCGACGGGUCUUGUAGAAUCCGACCUGUUUUAGGAGAUGUGACAAAUCAAUUUGGGAAAAGGGGGUUUUCCACGAUUACGGGUAAUUUAGGUCUCAAAUCUGGAGAUAAGUACUGUGGAAAUGUUGAAAAGAAAGAUGAGGGUUCACAGUUUGUAAAGAAACUAUCUCUAGGAGUGGAGUCUUUAGUGAAAGGCAAUUGCAUAAUCAAUUGUGUUGAUUAUGAUAAAGAAAGGGGCAAGCAGGGUAGUGUUAUGCCAGGACCUUGUAGUGAGAUUAAAACCUUAAGUGGAAAUGCUAUAUCUGGUAUUUCAAAAAUACACAGUGAAAUUAGGGAGCCCAGUUUGUCUGAUGUCAGUUUGAAACUUGGAAGAGGCAUUACUGUUAACCAGAGUACCAAAGAAGUUGGUGGUGUCGUGAGGGACAGUUGUGUCUCUGGAAUUUCGAUGCCUAAGAGCUCGUGUGAUGGUAGCAUCCCUGAUGCCGAUGGAAAAUGUGGCACUGAUGAAGGAAGACUCAGUAUUGACACCACACAGAGUGAUAGUCUUCAUGAACAAUUGACAACUCAAGUUUGUGGCAGUGCUGGCAAUGAUCUUGGUGUUGAUAAUUUGGCCUCGAGUCAAUCUGGUUCCAUUGGGUGCUCAAGAUUGCCGGAGUCACAAGAGUCGAAGAAUUUUGGCUUAGAGAGAUGCACCGGACUAAAGGGUGAUGCGUGCUCCAAUUUAAGUCCAGCUGAUUUGAUCAAAACAUGCGCUUGUUCCUUUUGCACAAAAGCUGCUUAUAUUUGGUCAGACCUCCAUUACCAGGAUAUUAAGGGUCGAAUAGCUGCAUUAAAGAAGAGUCAGAAAGAAGCAAGCAUUAUGGUUCAAAGAAGUUGCAGGAAACAGGGCAGUGAAAAACCUGGUCAAGGGAACUCCAAUGCAUUCUCAAAGCUAGAGUCCGAUCUCAUGGGUCAUUGGAGGUCACUCUUUCUUCAGAUGGAGGAUAUUUUUGGCCAUGAAUGUAGCCAACUUGAAGCCAGUUUACUGUCACUGAAAGAUUUGAGAGAAAACUGCAAGACAGAACUUGAAUCCAUUAAUGCGUUCCCUCCAGAUAAACUGUAGCUUGCUUCUGAUCCUUUUCAUGUUUGUAAGAUGUUAUUUUGCUCCGAUUUUUGGUAAUUUGUCUGCUUUUGCUUGUUAUAGCACAAAAAAUCGAGAGGUCUCUUGAAGUUUAUACCAGUUUGACAGAUAUAACAUAUCUGCAACAGAUGUACCGUUUGAUCUUGCUCAUUCCAAACAAAACAUGUGCACUU